UUAUUAGUGAGGCAGAUAAGUCAUUAGAGAACUUAAAAUGGCUUUAAGAAGAAUUUGUUCAUUCAUGGUUUUUAUUUUUCUACUACAAAUUGUACACUUAAAUGCAUCUAAUAUAUUAGGAACUUGUCCCAUGCUAAGUAACAGCAGUUCUCUGACACAAACUGAGCUUUUACAAGAAUUAACAAACGAUUGUCGUUAUGACAAAAUGACUAGACCACCAGGAGAAAUUAAUUCUACAAAUCCAAUUACUGUGUAUACCAGUGCUUAUAUUUACACAAUUAAGUCAAAUAUGGCAAAAACAUUGCAAUUCGAUGUACAUAUGAUGUUACAGUUUAGGUACUUGGAUAAGAGAUUAGAAUUUUCAAACAUUACUCCAUAUUUCAAUCAAAUAUAUGGUGGACAAUUUGCUUAUGAUUUAAUUUGGACACCUUCUGUAUAUGUUUCCAAUGAACCCAAUUCAGCAAUAAAAGGAAAAAGUGUUAAAGACAUACUUGUUUCUAUAGAUCCAUCAGGCAUGGUUAUAUUGAAUACUAGGUUGCAAGCUACUCUUAACUGUGGGCUUCGUUUGGAGAAGUUUCCAUUUGAUGUACAAGAAUGUCCACUUGUUUUUGAAAGCUGGACAUACAAUGUACUCGACAUGGUGUUGUAUUGGGACCAAGAGCCAAUUAUACUUGCAGAUGAAUUGCAUUUAACUGAAUACAAGCUUAUUGAUAAAUGGGUUAAUACAUCAGAAGUAUUUUAUACCACAUCACAGCAACAUUUUGGCCAUUUUGCUGGUAAUUUCAGCUCAAUUAGUAUAACGUUCAAAUUAUCACGUGAAAUGGGAUUCUUUAUGAUGGAUUACUAUAUACCAUCUAUAUUAAUAGUAGUUAUUUCUUGGGUAUCCUUUUGGUUGCACAUGGAUGCAAGCCCACCACGAAUAGUUUUAGGAACCAACACUAUUUUGACAUUUAUGACCCUUGCAUCCAAAGUGGAAAAUUCUCUACCAAAAGUUUCUUAUAUAAAAGCCAGUGAAAUUUGGUUUUUAGGUUGUACUAUAUUUUUAUUUGCAGCAAUGGUUGAAUUUGCAUUUGUUAAUACAAUUUAUCGACGGAAGAAAAAUGUACCUUUAAAAAAAGUAAAUAGCAAAUACAUAUUAAAAUCAACGCUAACGCCAAAACUAGCACGAAAACAGUUUCAAAAAAAUACUACGGGUUUAGAACGUUCGCGAUCUUGGUCAUCACUCGAUAAUACAAACAGCAGUGAACAAGAUUUUACAAGUCAAAAUUAUCUUACUGUUCAUAGUUUCCCAAGUACUCUCAAUAUUCCUUCUGUUAAAGUUGAUGAAGACAAAGAUCAAGAGUGCUCUGUGGGGAGCAUUGUGACUAUUAAUAGUACAUCAUCGCCAAAACCUUUUCAACGAAGGGCAACUCUUGCACAGUUGCAUAACUUUACAACAAUGACUCCACAGGAAAUUGCUCAAUGGAUUGAUAGACGUAGCAGAAUUGUAUUUCCUGUAGCUUUCAUUAUAUUUAAUAUUCUUUACUGGUCUUUUAUUUGGAUAUAA